AUGGCUCGAUUAUAUCCAUCUUUGGGGCGCAAUGGAUGGAAUGGCUCGUGUCAACAUGGGAAUGUCGCCAGUCGUUUAUGGAGUGUGGCUCAAAGAACUGUGCGACAAUCUGCCCCACGGGUGCCCAGACAGUCUAGCGUGACAAGGAGGUUCAUCCUUGCCCCAGCAGCACUUAUAGUCUGCGGGCGACUGUUUUGCCAGGCGGCACACUGUGAGGCAGAUUUCAACAACAACAUCCAAGUGGAGACAGUGACCAAAAAUCCCGAGUUCAAAUGGCACAUCCUGUGGGAGUUUGUGAAACCUCAGCUGUUUGCACUUACAUGUGCUGUUGUACUUGCUUUUGGUGCGGCCAUUCUGAACAUUCAAAUUCCAUUAAUGUUGGGGGAGCUGGUGAAUGUAGUGGCUCGUUACCUGAGGGAACACACUGGGAAUUAUGUCCAUGAGAUAAGAGGUCCUGCGUUUAAAUUGCUUGGACUCUAUGGCAUCCAAGGCUUACUGACAAGUGGCUACAUCAUCCUGCUAUCGAGGGUGGGAGAAAGAGUAGCUGCGGACAUGAGGAAAACUCUUUUUGCAUCCCUACUGAGGCAAGACGUGGCUUUCUUUGAUGCGAACAAAACUGGACAACUGGUUAAUCGCUUGACUGCUGACAUUCAGGAGUUCAAAUCUUCCUUUAAGUUGGUCAUUUCUCAGGGUCUGCGGAGUAUCACACAGACAGUGGGGUGCUUCGUGUCGCUUUACGUCAUCUCACCUAAACUCACAGGCUUGACAGUAGUGGUGCUUCCUUGUCUCGUGGGAGCAGGCGCUCUCAUCGGCUCGUUUCUCCGCAGACUUUCCCGUUUAGCUCAGGAACAGGUUGCCAAAGCAACUGGAGUGGCCGACGAGGCACUUGGAAAUGUCCGAACAGUGAAAGCCUUUGCAAUGGAGGAACGGGAACUACAGUUGUACGCAUACGAAGUGGAAAAAUCUUGUGAAAUGAAUGAAAAUCUCGGGACAGGAAUAGCAGUUUUCCAGGGUCUUUCAAACAUUGCCCUCAACUGCAUUGUUCUUGGAACCAUUUUUGCAGGUGGAACUCUAAUUUCAAACAAUGAAAUGUCCCCUGGAGAUCUUAUGUCUUUCUUGGUUGCUUCGCAGACUGUACAGAGGUCCUUAGCCAGUAUAUCUAUCCUUUUUGGGCAAAUGGUGAGAGGCACAAGCGCUGGUGCUCGCGUUUUUGAAUAUUUGUCCCUGAAGCCUUCCAUCCCCCUUUCUGGCGGAGGUCGUAUACCGUACCAUUCGCUGACAGGAAGAGUUGAUUUUCUUAAUAUUUCAUUUAGCUAUCCGACAAGACCAGGUCAUCAGAUUUUGGAGAGGUUCAACUUAACACUGCCACCUGGCAAAACAAUAGCCAUUGUUGGGGAAUCUGGAGGAGGAAAGUCUACAGUAGCAUCCUUAAUGGAGCGUUUCUAUGACCCGACAAGCGGCGUAGUAAUGUUGGACGGACUUGACAUUCGAACUCUUGAUCUCUGCUGGCUUAGGGGACAAGUUAUUGGAUUUAUCAAUCAAGAGCCUGUUCUUUUUGGGGCAUCCAUCAUGGAGAACAUCCGCUUUGGAAAACCCGAAGCCACUGAUGCCGAGGUCUUUGAGGCUGCCAAACAAGCUAAUGCUCACCGCUUUAUUGAAAGUUUCCCAGACGGCUACAACACUGUGCUCGGAGAGCGAGGUGUGACUUUAUCAGGCGGCCAGAAACAGCGUGUCGCCAUCGCAAGGGCCCUCAUCAAGAACCCGAGCAUCUUGGUGCUGGACGAGGCCACCAGCGCCUUGGAUGCAGAGUCAGAGCGUGUGGUGCAGGAGGCUCUGGACCGGGCCACUCAGGGGCGCACAGUGUUAAUCAUUGCCCACCGCCUGAGCACCAUACAAGCAGCCGACCUCAUCUGCGUCAUGAGCAACGGGCGCAUCGUGGAAGCUGGAACUCACACUGAACUGCUGAGCCGAAGAGGACUUUAUUCUGACCUGAUCCGAAGACAGAGAGCUGAGGGGCAGAAAUGA